GCGGGCUCUGGUUGCUUGUUGUUCUUAUCAAGAUGGCUGCUGCUACUGGGGAUGGAGAGUGAGCUCCGGCUGUCAUCUCAACACAGGCCCAGGAAACCGACACUAACACGCCCAGAGACCGGCACCGAGACCCGACUGGACCCGAACCAGGACCGCCUAAACCGAAUCUGAUUCUCUUCUGAAGGACAGACAGACGGACACACAGCAGACAUGGACACCACCACGUCCAUAAAGAUGACCACACUGGCCAUCCAGAACCUCUUCAGCUACGUGGAGGAGGAGAACCUGGCUGCGCUCAAAGCUCACCUGGACCGCUUCAAGGAGGUGGACGGACGCAGUGAUAACGGACAGACUCCUCUCAUGCUGGCGGCAGAGCAAGGCAGUCUGGAGAUCGUCCAGGAGCUCAUCAGGAGAGGAGCCAACGUCAACUUGGACGAUGUGGACUGCUGGUCGGCUCUGAUCUCUGCGGCUAAAGAAGGUCAUGUGGAGGUGGUGAAGGAGCUGCUGGAGAACAGCGCCUACAUCGAGCACAGAGACAUGGGAGGCUGGACGGCUCUGAUGUGGGCGGCUUACAAAGGUCGUGUAGAUGUCACCGAGCUGCUGCUGGAGCACGGAGCCAACCCCAACACUACAGGACAGCAAUACAGCGUGUACCCCAUCAUCUGGGCUGCAGGUCGAGGACACGCCGACAUCGUCAAACUGCUGCUGCAGAACGGAGCCAAAGUCAACUGUUCUGACAAGUACGGGACCACUCCUCUCAUCUGGGCGUCCAGGAAAGGACACUUUGACUGUGUGAUGCACCUGCUGGAGAAUGGAGCCGACGUCGACCAGGAGGGGGCGAACUCGAUGACGGCGCUGAUCGUGGCGGUGAGAGGCGGCUACACUGAAGUGGUGAAGGAGCUGCUCAAGAGGAACCCCAACGUCAACAUGACCGACAAAGACGGGAACACGGCGCUGAUGAUUGCUGCCAAGGAGGGUUACACAGAGAUCGUCCAGGACUUGCUGGACGCCGGGACCUACGUCAACAUCCCAGACCGGAGCGGUGACACGGUGCUGAUUGGAGCAGUGAGGGGCGGUCAUGUGGAGAUCGUCAGAGCUCUGCUGCAUAAAUAUGCCGACAUAGACAUUAGAGGACAGGAGAAUAAAACUGCUCUGUACUGGGCUGUGGAGAAAGGAAACGCUACCAUGGUCAGAGACAUCCUGCAGUGUAACCCCGACACUGAGACCUGCACCAAGGACGGAGAGACUCCUCUGAUCAAAGCCACUAAGAUGAGGAACAUUGAGAUCGUGGAGCUGCUGCUGGAUAAAGGAGCCAAAGUGUCGGCUGUCGACAAGAGAGGAGACACACCCCUCCACAUCGCCAUCCGUGGGCGGAGUCGCCGCCUGGCCGAGCUCCUCCUCAGGAACCCCAAAGAUGGCCGCCUGCUUUACCGACCCAACAAAGGCGGAGAGACGCCGUACAACAUUGACUGCAGCCACCAGAAGAGCAUCCUGACACAGAUCUUUGGAGCGCGUCACCUGUCCCCCACAGAGACGGACGGAGACAUGUUGGGUUAUGACCUGUACAGCUCUGCGCUGGCUGACAUCCUGAGCGAACCCACCAUGCAGCCUCCCAUCUGUGUUGGUCUGUAUGCCCAGUGGGGCAGCGGCAAGUCCUUCCUGCUCAAGAAGCUGGAGGAUGAGAUGAAGACGUUUGCCGGGCAGCAGAUUGAGCCGUUGUUUCAGUUCUCCUGGCUCGUCGUUUUUCUGUCUCUGCUGCUCUGCGGCUCCGUCGCCGUCGUCCUUGGCUUCACCGUCGACCCCAAACUGGCCAUGGCGGUCUCCCUCAGCCUGCUCGCUCUGCUCUACCUCUUCUUCGUGGUGGUGUACUUUGGCGGGCGUCGGGAGGGCGAGAGCUGGAACUGGGCGUGGCUGAUCAGCACCCGUCUGGCCCGUCACAUCGGGUAUCUGGAGCUGCUGCUGAGGCUGAUGUUUGUGAACCCGCCGGAGCUGCCUGAGCAGAGUACCCGAGCUCUGCCUGUCAGGUUCCUGUUUACAGAUUACAACCGGCUGUCGAGCGUCGGUGGAGAGACGUCGAUGGCAGAGAUGAUCGCCACAUUGUCUGAUGCCUGCGAGAGAGAGUUCGGCUUCCUCGCCACACGCCUGUUCAGAGUGUUCAAGACCGAGGAGACGCAAGGUAAGAGGAAGUGGAAGAAGACGUGCUGCGUCCCGUCCUUCAUCCUCUUCGUCUUCGUGCUGGCGUGCUUGCUGAGCGGCAUGGCGCUGCUGGCCGUCUUUAAGGUGGACGGGGAGAACCGGACGGUGAACGGCGUGCUAGUGGCCAUCGGCAGCGUGGUAGGUCUGGCUCUGCUGCUGAACUGCAGGACGUGGUGGCAGGUGACCGACUCAGUGCUCAAUUCUCAGAGGAAGAGGCUCCACAGCGCCGCCAACAGGAUGCACAAGCUGAAGAGCGAGGGCUUCAUGAAGGUGCUGAAGACUGAGGUGGAGCUGAUGGCGAGGAUGGCGAAGACCAUCGACGGCUUCACGCAGCAUCAGACGAGGCUGGCGGUCGUCAUCGACGGGCUGGACUCCUGCGAACAGGACAAAGUUCUGCAGAUGCUCGACACGGUGCGGGUGUUGUUCUCUAAAGGCCCCUUCAUCUCCAUCUUUGCCAGCGACCCUCACAUCAUCAUCAAGGCCAUCAACCAGAACCUGAACAGCGUCCUCAGAGACUCCAACAUCAAUGGACACGACUACAUGAGGAACAUUGUUCAUCUGCCAGUCUUCCUCAACAGCAGAGGACUGUCCAGCGCCAGGAAGAUGUGCGCUGCUGCACCGGCCAACGGGGACACCACCAACACUGAGGGGUGGCACGAGGAGCUGGACAGGAAGCUGUCUCAGCACAGUCUGGGAGAACUAACCAAGUUUGGAAGCAAGACAACGCUCAACCGCCGGGACACGUACCGGCGUCGGCAGGUGCAGCGCUCAGUGACUCGUCAGAUGUCGUUCGACCUGACGAAGCUGAUGGUGACGGAGGAUUGGUUCAAUGACAUCAGCCCACAGACAAUGAGGAGGCUGCUCAACAUUGUUUCCGUCACAGGUCGUCUGCUGCGAGCCAAUCAGAUCAGCUUUAACUGGGACCGCCUGGCGUCGUGGAUCAACCUGACGGAGCAGUGGCCCUACAGGACGUCCUGGAUCAUCCUGUACCUGGAGGAGACUGAUGGAGUCCCCGACCAGGCCACGCUCAAGACAAUUUACGAGAGAGUGUCGAAGAACAUCCCCACCACCAAAGACGUGGAGCCUCUACUGGAGAUCGACGGAGAUGUUCGGAGCUUCGAGGUCUUCCUCUCCUCACGGACGCCAUUCCUGACAGCCAGAGACAUCCGGACCUUCCUGCCCUGCACCGUCAACCUGGACCCCAAACUGAGGGAGAUCAUUGCAGACGUUCGUGCUGCCCGGGAGCAGAUGAAUAUGGGCGGGGUCACGUACCCAUCCAUCCCCCUGCAGGAGACACAGGCUCGCCCCACCUCGGUGUACAGUCAGGUGUCGUCAGCGUGCUCACCGUCUGCCUCCUUCAGCGGGCCCUUCAACCAGCCGGCGGGGGGCGUGGUCUCCCCGCAGCCUCAUAGCAGCUACUACAGCGGCUUGGCUGGACCACAGCACCCCUUCUACAACAGGCCAUAUUUCCCCCAUCACCUUUACCAACUGCCACGCCCACUCAUGGCCUCCACCUACCCAUCACACCUCCACCCACGCCCUCCACCUAAACACUCCUUCAGCCGGGACGCUUCAGCUGCACCUUAUAAGGUUUCAUCUUUGAAAAGGAAGCAGGGUUCAGCCUCCGUGGUGUCGGGCACUCCGGCCAUCCUCCUCAGCUCCAUGACAACGGAGGCCGUGUGUGAGCGCGUGCGGCAGAUCGAAGGCAUCGACCAGAGCAUGAUGGGACAGUACAGCGCCACCAUCAGGAAGGCCAACGUCAACGGCAGAGUUUUGUCUCAGUGUAACAUCGACGAGCUGAAGAAGGAGAUGAGCAUGAACUUUGGAGACUGGCAGCUCUUCAGAGCCACCGUUCUGGACAUGCGCCACAUCGAGAGUCAGGUGCUGCAUGAGGAAGCUGCCAGUGAGCAAGGCAGCGUUGUGGGCAGCCACACCGAGACGGGGAGGCGAGCUGUGGCUCCGCCCCACGCUGGCGCCGCCAACGCAGACGGUUCUCCGAUGUACAGCUUCAACCUGAGCUUCGAGGAGCUGAGCACUGUGGGACUGGACGAGGCUCAGAGACACGGGAACAUGCAGUGGAUGGGUGGCGCUCACCGUACUGCCAGCAUGACCAGCCUGAACUCCCAGGAGUCAUCCAACGACAUCUCCAAGCUGACCGACAAGCAGCAGGCUGAGUACCGCAGCGCCUACCAGGAGUACAUUGCCCAGAUGGCGCAGGUGGAGAUGGGCGGCGGAGAGCGCCCCGUCCAACCGCAGCCGGGUCAGUUCAUGACAUCAUCAUCAGAGGACAAGAGCAAAGAUGGCGGCGAGCAAGACGGAAGAAAAUCCUUUAACAAGAGGAGUGCAGGCAAACCAGCAGCAGACAACACUGACUUCACCUCCAAUGGCGAUGGCCUGGACCCCAUCACAGAGGAAGACGAGAAGGGCGACCAUGGGUCCUCUAAGUCCCUGCUGACUCGUAAGACCUCGGCAGAAAGAGGAGGGCUGUUCCAGGGAGCCGCCGACCUGAAGCUGAAGGCUGGCGGUGGGCUGCGCUACCAGAAGCUGACCAGUGACGACGAGGAGUCUGAGGAGUCCGAUAACGCUCCUCUGCUCAAAGACGGCAAGAAGGUGGUCGACCCCAAACUGCCCGGCGGCUCGCUGGCACUGAAGGGGAAGGACUACCUGUCGGAUGCCAUGCUGGACAAGAAAGACUCAUCGGACUCGGGCGUGCGAUCCAACGAGAGUUCGCCCAACCACUCUCUGCAGGACGAGGAGGCGGACCUGUCACAGCUGGAGCGGGCCAACCUGAUCGAGCUGGACGAGGAGAGCCUGGCCAGGAAGAGAGGCCUUCCCAGCAGCCUCAGCGGCCUCCAGGACCCCGCCGUCGCACGUAUGUCCAUCUGCUCCGAGGACCAGUGCAGCCUGCUCGCCAGCAGCCCCGAGGAGAGCUGGCCAUCCUCCAAGUCCUUCAACUUGAACCGCACGCCAAGCAACGUCACGCUCAACAACAACACCAACGCCCAGCAGGGCAACCGCCCCCGCCUGCCCGCAGAGGGCUCCUCCUCAGACCCUGCCUCCUCCUCCUCCAGUGAUGUCAUCCUCUCCCCGAGCUCCUCUGGCACCACCACCGCCACCGCCACCAGACCGGGGCCUAACAACGAGAAUGUCCGAGUGGUUCACCUUAAGAGGGGCCUGAAGCCCGGAGACCCACCGGAGAUCUGCACCGUGUCCUCCGAAACCGUCACCUUCGGCGAGGAGCGGGAGAGCAUCCUGUGACAUCAUCCUGUGACCACACCCUGUCACCUCAUCCUGUCACCUCAUUGUAACCCGUGAAGAGUUAGAGAGCGCUGACGGUCCACCAGGAGCGGCCUCUCAACCCUCUCAGCCAAUCAGGAGCCUGGAGGUCGACCUUUAAACCUCUGAACUCCUGAUGAGGCGAGACGACGUUUAAUGAGUUGUAGAAACAUCUGACGAUGUUGACGAGUUGUGACAUCACUUUGAAAGCUUCAGACGUCAGAUAUUAAAGUUAAUCAACUGAAAUUUGAAUAUUUUGGAUUUUAAAAUGGGAUAAUGUGUUAAACGUUGAUGAGGGCGGAGCUUCUGCUGGUGGAGUCGUGGUCGUAGUGUUAAGUGGUCAGGAGUUGAAGGAGGCGGAGCUUCUGCUGGUGGAGUCGUGGUCGUAGUGUUAAGUGGUCAGGAGUUGAAGGAGGCGGAGCUUCUGCUGGUGGAGUCGUGGUUGUAGUUGUAGUGUUUACCGUAGCGAUGGUGUAGCCGCCAUCGGUCGUAGUCGUAGUAGAAGUUAAAGUUUGGUAGAAACUUUAUUGACAGUCGAAGCUGCUGCAUGUUGAUGUUUUGAUGUUUGUAGUUUCCAUAGAAACAGAUUAAUCAACAAAUGAAUGAAAAACAGCCCUCAAUUAAUUAAUGAUCAGAGAGAAAAAUUCGAUAUAAUGAUUGAAACUUUCUGAGCGACAUGAAAACAUGAAUGUUAUUGAUGUUUAUUUAUUGUUUAAUAAUAAACUGACCUUUGUUUACAUGUAAACAUUAAAUUAACGAGUGAUAAAAAUGUCAGAAUGAGAUGAGUCAGUGUUCAUGUGUUUAAAGGAAGAGACUUUUAUUCUGAAGGGUCGUCGACUCCAGAGCUUAAACGAUCAAUAGAUAAUUAAUACGUUCAUUAAUUAGCAGAUUCAUUAAUACGUUCAUUAAUUAGUGGAUUCAUUAAUACGUUCAUUGAUUAGUGGAUUCAUUAAUACAUUCAUUAAUUAGUGGGUUAAUUAAUACAUUCAUUGACUAGUGGAUUUAUUAAUACGUUCAUAAAUUAGUGGAUUCAUUAAUAUGUUCAUCAAUUAGUGCAUUCAUUAAUAUGUUCAUUAAUUAGCGGAUUCAUUAAUACUUUUAUUAAUUAGUGCAUUCAUUAAUAUGUUCAUCAAUUAGUGCAUUCAUUAAUAUGUUCAUUAAUUAGCGGAUUCAUUAAUACUUUUAUUAAUUAGUGCAUUCAUUAAUACAUUCAUUAAUUAGUGCAUUAAUUAAUACAUUCAUUGACUAGUGGAUUCAUUAAUUAGCGGAUUCAUUAAUACGUUCAUUAAUUACAAGAUUAAUUAAUACAUUCAUUGACUAGUGGAUUCAUUAAUACAUUCAUUAAUUAGUGGAUUCUGAAAAUUUUUAGCUUUUCAUGGUUUUAUUUUGUAAAGCAGGAAGUAGACGUGACAUUGAAAAUAAACAGAUUAAAUUCAGGAUGACACGACUCGUUAGCGGAGAAUAAUUGAGAUCAGUGUUUUUAGAUAAGUGCAGUGUCAGUUUGAUGUCGUUCGUCUGUCGGUGAAGCUGCAUGUUGAUGUUUCAGUGUUGUCGUCUCAGUGCUCUCAUCAUCAUCAUCAUCUUCAUCAUCAUGUGAACACCUGAAUCUGUUGUGAAGUAAAUAAAUAAAAUGUUUGGAUGUU